AUGUCAAACGUUCGGCCAAAUGUUUGUCCAUAUCAAGAUGUAGCAAUGGUAUUAAUGAAACAGCCUUGUGUUCAAGCUUUUACAAGAUUAGUCAAAGUAUGGAAACCAAAUUGUGGAUAUACCCAUAACUGGUGUGUAGGAUAUGAAAGAAGGACACAUUAUUAUACAACUUAUAAAGAAAGAUAUCAACCACAACAACAAACAAGAUAUAAGUGUUGUAAUGGCUGGAGACAGUUAGGACAAGAAAGUGGAGGAUGUAUGUACAAAGCUUUUCAAGUUUUAUUAUGUUGCUGUUAUAUAUAUUGCUCAGUGGGUGGUAGCACAGAAAUUAAAUUUAGAAACUGUGUCAUCGGAUGGAUGGAUCAACGUUUGUUUUUAAAGGUUGCUGACUUCAGUCCAAGAUUAUUUAUAACUAUAGCAGCUGGCUUGACUGGAAUAAUAUGA